GAUUUUUGACGUACCGUUUGUAUCUCCUUGAAGCACAUGUAUCUCCACAUAAAUUGUGUGAAUAAUCAAGGUUUUUGUUUUAUAAUUAACGCUGAAUCUAAAUUAACUCAAGAUGCAGGGGCCUGCAGUGUUUAUGGAAAUAUCAUUGGAAGAUCAGGCUCAAGAACUUCGUAAAUACUUCAAGAGUCUCGGCGCUGAGAUCUCCGAAGAGAAGUCCCCUAAGGGCAUAGAAGAUGAUUUACACAAAAUUGUAGGAGUAUGUGAUGUUUGUUUCAAGGAACCCAAUGAAGCUGAUAUUGAAGCUAUUCUAAACAGUAUUGUUUCUAUUAUGGUGUCGAUCCCAUUGGAGAGGGGUGAAAACCUCAUUCUGGCAUUCAGUCAAAGACUUACAAAGGCACCUGGUCCGAAACUGGGAAUGGUUGCUCUACAAUCCCUCUGGCGGUUAUACAACAACCUAGAAGCCAACUCCCCCCUGCGCUACCAUGUUUACUACCAUGUGAUUGAGCUGGCAGCGCGCGUGGGCUCUGUGCAGGAAGUGUUCACAGGCGUGGAGCAGCUUCGCAAAGAGUUCGCAACCUGCCCACCCUCUAACGAGCAGAUGCAGAAGCUGUAUCGGUUGCUGCACUCUGUGCUUAAGGACAGUAACAGUGAACUGGCUUCAAAAGUGAUGAUCGAGUUGCUCGGCACAUACACGGACGAGAACGCGUCGUCGGCGCGCGACGACGCCAUCAAGUGCAUCGUGACGGCGCUGGCCGACCCCAACACCUUCCUGCUGGACCCGCUGCUCGCGCUCAAGCCCGUGCGCUUCCUCGAGAACGACCCCAUCCAUGACCUGCUCACCAUCUUCGUUUCGGAGAAGCUCGCCAAAUACCAGGAGUUUUAUAACAACCAUAAGGAAUUUGUGCACUCACAGGGUCUCAACCAUGAGCAAAACAUCAGGAAGAUGCGGAUAUUGUCCUUCAUGCAGAUGGCAGAGACCAACCCCGUGAUCACGUUUGAUGAGAUCGUCUCGGAGCUUCAGAUUGAAGAGAAAGAUGUGGAGGCGUUCAUCAUUCAGGUGCUGAAGACGAAGCUGGUGCGCGCGCGCAUGGACCAGGCGGCGCGCUCGGUGCGCGUGUCGGCCACCAUGCACCGCACGUUCGGGCCGGCGCAGUGGCAGCAGCUGCGCGCCGUGCUGGCCGCCUGGCGCGCCAACGUGCACGCCGCGCACGACUCCAUGAAGAGCGUCGCCACCGCGCAGCUCGAGCUGGCGCAGCAGCAGCAGAAGGCUUAGCCGACGCGACCGAUCACUGCUUGGGGCCACUAACUAAACAUUUAACCACCAACUA